CUUUUCCAGACGAACGCGUGUCUGGCUUUGUCUUAAAGUGUCGACACUUCGAAGCGACCGUUUCCCUGUAACGUGUCGUGUCGAUUUCCGAAGCUAACGAAAGUAGAUUUUUCAAACCAUAGCUACUUUGAUUUUGAUUUCGAAAGAUUCUUUCUCUCUCUGUUUGGGUUUUUUGGAUUGGGUUUUUGGUCUUCCUGUGUUUCUGUUUUGGGCUGUUUGGGAGAUGGAGGAGCGGUAUGAGGCGUUGAAAGAACUUGGGUCGGGGAAUUUUGGAGUGGCGAGGUUGGUGAGAGAUAAGAAGACAAAGGAGCUGGUUGCUGUUAAGUACAUAGAGAGGGGGAAGAAGAUUGAUGAGAAUGUGCAGAGGGAAAUCAUCAAUCACAGGUCGUUGCGGCAUCCGAACAUUGUUCGGUUUAAGGAGGUAUUGUUAACACCAUCACAUCUAGCAAUUGUCAUGGAAUAUGCUGCUGGUGGUGAGCUCUUUGAGAAGAUUUGCAGUGCGGGCAGAUUCAGCGAGGAUGAGGCGAGAUACUUCUUUCAGCAGUUGCUAUCUGGAGUCAGCUACUGCCAUUCGAUGGAAAUUUGCCACAGGGACCUUAAACUGGAAAAUACGCUAUUGGAUGGGAGUCCCACACCACGCCUUAAAAUCUGCGACUUUGGUUACUCCAAGUCUGCUUUGUUGCAUUCACAACCCAAGUCAACAGUGGGAACACCAGCAUACAUCGCACCAGAGGUCCUAUCGAGGAAGGAGUAUGAUGGAAAGAUUUCAGAUGUUUGGUCAUGUGGCGUGACACUGUACGUCAUGUUGGUGGGAGCUUACCCGUUUGAAGAUCCAGAUGAUCCUAGAAAUUUUCGGAAGACGAUUGGAAGAAUAAUGAGUGUCCAAUACUCCAUACCCGACUACGUACGUGUAUCUGCAGAUUGCAGGCACCUUCUUUCACGCAUUUUUGUCGCCAACCCAUCGAAGAGGAUCACAAUCGCGGAGAUAAAAAACCAUCCUUGGUUUCUGAAGAACUUGCCCAGAGAGCUGGUUGAAGUUGAGAAAAACUACAAAGAUGCAGACCAUGACCGCCCGUCUCAAAGUGUCGAUGAAAUCAUGCAAAUCAUACAAGAGGCACGGACGCCUGCAGAAGGGUCCAAGGGCAGCGGGCAGGCUUCCAUGGGCGUGGCUGACCCCGAUGAAGUUGACACUGAUGCAGACACUGAAGAAGUUGAUAACAGUGGCGAUUUCGUGGCUCGAGUGUGACUCUGGAGUGCAUCUCAAAUACAUGAGUGUAUCUGUAGAAGCGUCUGUACAGAGCAUUAUAUUAUAAAUACACUGAUAGGAGUCUGUAUGGUUGUGUUUGGGAAGUCAUGUUUGGACAACAUUUCUAUUGGAAUUGGAUUGUGUUGGAAGGUAAAAUUCUACCUC